AUGGUCGUCGAUCCCAUCGAGAUUGAACCAGAGAGUCGGGCAACACUCGUGGGCAACAGUGUCGAUUCUCGCCGAGUUUUGACAGCGAUGAACAUAUUCGGAGAUCCCGAGGUGCUUCUGGUGCGCGACUUCUUGGAUGAAGCCGAGAUUCAACAUUUGAUCGACUUUGCCGAAUCUGGCUGGGAACCGUCAGAGGUGGGACAGGGAGUCUACCGUACAAAAGACGAAGGGCAGGAUUUGGCGAACCAGGUCUCUGAGAUACGCACGUCUUACUCCUGCCUUAUAGAGCCAGGGCAGAGUGAAACCAUCACAACAAUCGAACAUCGGCUUGCUGCUCUCGCGGGUAUGGACGUCAAGUUCUUGGAGCCCCUCAAUAUGGUCAGGUAUUUGCCGGGGCAGUUCUUCAACGAGCAUCAUGAUGGACGGUUUCGUCCGAAGACAAUCUUCGUUUAUCUCAACGAUAUCGCACCUGGCGACGGCGGUGAGACAAUGUUUCCGGAGCUGCGACUCAAGAUCGUGCCUCGCCGGGGCUGUGCAGUCAUGUGGAGCAAUGUGCUGGGUCCUCAACAGGAGGACAAGCGAAUGGUGCACCAAGGACUGCCACCCACAACCGGUACGAAGUACGGUGUCAACUGUUUCUUCAACGACAAGCCUAUGCGGCGAUUCGUUUGCGAAGGCGCAGAUUCUGUGCCUGCAAGUCCUCGCAUCAACGGCAGAGGCCCGGAGAGCUUGCUGGACCCGUUACUUCUGCUGCAGCAUCUAGCAGAGCGUCCAUCGGGUUCCCUGGCCGAUAAGAAUCCGCAACUGAUGCCGGGAGGACGUUGCUUUCGAAGGCUGCGAGUAUCUAAAGAGCCUGCGUUAUGGGUCGUGCCGGACCUUGUUUCUGGACGGGAAGCUUGUUUGCUCAUGGAUGUAGUCGACAAGCAGCAAGGGCGCAUUCCGCCGAGCAGCGCACGUGAAGAAGCGUCGCAUGGGGAGGUUGAAGAGCUGCUCGCAGACCUGCAAGAACGAUUGCGAGCAGCUGCAGGAUCUGCAUCUCAGCUGGAGUUGCUGGAGCUUCGUCGACUUGCGCCAUCAAAGCAGGCCAGUGCCGGAGCGCCGGUCAUUACCGCUCCCAGCGCUCCCGCACACGCUGAAGACUUCCGGGCAGUCUACCUCUUCCUGAACGACAUCCCAGAUGAAGGUGGCGGGGAGUUGCAUUUUCCGCAGAUUCACACGAAAGUCCGUGCAAGGCGAGGCUUUGCGGUCGUAUGGAACUGCGGGCGGAACAGUGGCCAGGACCAUCUCGGGCUACCUCCCCAGACAUGUGCCAGGUAUGGCGCGGCCUGCAGCUUUUCCACAUCGUGA